GCGCAGCAGUAGGCUCCAAACCAUCGAGGCGCUCAAUCCCCUCGCGGCUUCGACACCCGCCACUUUCAUCUCACCACCAAAAGCGACCACGCAGCGACCGGCCGCCGAUCGAGAUGGAGAAGCAGGAGGAGGUGGCAGCGGCGGUGGAGAGGAAGCCGCCGCCGGUGAUGUUCCGGCUGUUCGGCGUCGAGGUCCGCGGCGGAGUUGACGAGGAGGAGUACGACGACGAGGGGGUGGAGGAUGGAUUCCUCAAGAAGAGCUCCAGCAUGCCCAACCUCACCUCCAUCGACCCGCUCCUGCCGGCCGACGGCGGCAAGCGGCGCGCCUCCGACGACUCCGAGCUCGCCUCCGGCCAGCAGAAGCGCCGCCGCCGCAAGGUGCAGGAGAGGAAGAAAGGAAUCCCAUGGACUGAGGAGGAGCACAAGAAAUUCCUUGAUGGGCUGAGGCAGCUGGGGAAAGGUGACUGGAGAGGCAUCUCCAAGAACUUUGUGACCACCAGAACGGCGACCCAGGUGGCCAGCCACGCCCAGAAAUACUUCCUCCGGCAGAUCAACCCUGGCAAGAAGAAGCGCCGGGCCAGCCUCUUCGAUGUUGUCUCUGAAUACAACGAUGAUCAACUCCCAAGUCCUCAGAGUGUUGGAACUAAGCCUGCUCCUACUCAGGAGAUAAUCCAUACAGACCGCGGCGAUGUCCUGAUACCAAGCUAUCCAGUUGCUAGAGGCUUUAGAGGUGAUAGCGUGCAGGUUGAUGAACUAACUGAAUAUGUGGAGAGAUCAAAGGCUGUUGAGGAGAUGUCGCUCUCUAUGGUCUCUGGACUGGAGAUGGCAUCAUCAUCGAUCAGCAGUCUAGAGCUCAGUAUUGCGCCUCCUCAUGGCGCGAUCGAGGCCAUCAAGGUGCUGUGAUCCAGAUGACAUUCUUCACCGAAGGAAUCUGGAUCGGCUUCAGCUACCGUUCUUCGCUGCCAUUGUUGUUGUCGUCAUGCUAACUUUGUAUUUGGAUCAUGUGGCGUUUCUUUCAGCAGUUUAUGUAAUACAAGUGAGAAUGUCAGUACCUUCCGAGACAUGUUUAAUUAAGCCUUGGUAGGUUGGUAUAAGUUGGUGAAAAGAAAACAGAUAGUAGUCUAUCUGUGUAUUGUACGGUUGCAAAUUGGAGUAUAAUGGAUGCAGAAAUCAUGAAGGGUC